GAACCAACCGCUCAGCAAUCCGCCGCAGCACGAGGCUGAAUCGAAUUGACUCUGGCAGUCACUUCGCCCCAACAACAUUAGCACCGCCAUCGUCGACACGAUCAUUUAUUAUAUUCCUUUCUACCAUAAUCUAAUCUUCUAGUAUAAUUCUGGUUCGAUUCAAUUGCAUACUAUCGCCAUAAUGUCGUCCGUUCAGCUCAAGUUCUCUCUUCGGACCUCCUCCAAUGUCAAGACCGUCCACCUGGUCGGUUCGUGGGACAACUACUCCCGCCAGAUCCCCCUCUCGCGCGAUGAGAACAAGUCCGGCUCGUGGGUGGGCAAGUUCCGCUUCCAGACUUCCAUGCUCAAGUUGGGUGGCCGGUACUGGUACUACUAUAUCAUGGAUGGCUAUCACGUCUCCCAUGACCCUGCUAUUGAAUAUACGGUGGAGCCCACGACUGGCCGCAAACUCAACAUCCUGGAUGUUCCCGGCGGCAAGUCCUCCAGCUCUUCCUCAGCCCCUAGCAAGAGCCACCGUCGGACUUCGGCGGUCUCGGAAGUGGUCAAGGGCCGGGCUCUCUCGCCAUCCAAGAUCCAGCACCCCAAGCCCUCCAAGCCCUACGCCUCUCGCCAGAUCCGGGAGACCGACUUUGUCGGUGGGCCUCCCACCAUGGACGAUCUGACCCGGCGGUUUGCGGGAUCCCGUCUCUCGGAUGAGUACUCCCUCUCCAACAGCCCGCCCAGCUCUGCGGGCAGCUCGCUGUCGUCCCGCUCCUCGGGCAGUACCUCUCCCUCGUCGCUCAGUUCCAUGAGUGACCCCCCGACCCCGAUCUGCCGGUGUGAGCGCUAUGGGAUCACCCGCAAGGGAGACCGUGUCAAGCUCGACUGUGGAGGCAGUCGCUGCGGGUAUGUGACCGAGUCCUCGGAGGCGAGUUGCUCCGAGUCGGAGGACAGUGAUGAGGAGUACAGACGGGCCCGGAGUGCCGUCAGAAGGCAGGGAAUUGUUGUCCGGAGAUAAUGUCAUUGUCUGUGAGGUGAUGAAGGGAUAAUGUUGAUUCUCAUCGAUCAACUCACGCGCACUGUCAGGAUCGGUUAUUGUAUCCCU